AUGCCUCGACAAAAUGAAUGCUUAUCAUUUUCUUCAAAUCCACUUGUUUCACGUAUUGAUUAUUCUGAAGCUCAAAAUAUUCUUGAAUUAACAACAACAAAACAAAAACAACUUCGUCGAGAACGUUCACAAGUUUUAUAUAAACAAGUUUUACUUAAACGAACAUAUACACUUGUAUGUGAUUUAUUAGAUUCUGAUUGUUCAUAUUCUUCUUCUUCUUCUACUAAUCAAACAUAUAAAUGUUCAUUAUCACCACUUUCAACAAUCGAUACCAACAAACGAAAAUUAUCAUCUGAUGAUCAUGAAAUUCAACCAAUAAUUAAAAAAUCUACAAGUCUUAUGGAUAAAUGUUAUGAUAUAAAAAAUGAUAAUGAUGUAUUACAAUUUCUUCGUGAACUCAAUUCUGUUAAAGUAACAUCCAGUGAUGACAAUGAACAAAAUAUACCAAUUAUUGUCUUCCUUGUAUAUGUUGUAGUGUUUAAUAAAGCAGCAAUGUGCCUGAACAAAGAUUAUUAUUAUUAUCAAAUCCGGACGAAUGAGUUAUUCAAACGUAUAUGUCAAUUGGCACCAUUAAAUACAAAUAUUCAAAAAGGAAAAAAAAAGCAGAAAUCAUCAUAA